AUCAGACUCAUCGCACAGCAGCAAAUCGCUCUACAACCCAAUCUGUGGAUCCGCCUAUCCGUUCAGCAAGAUGACGAAGCAUGAUUACAAGACCUUCAAACUUGGAGACUGGGAGCUCCAGAGUGGGGAGAAGCUAGUUGACGCUCACAUCGCAUAUACAACCUUUGGGGAUCCAAGGUUGCCCGCGAUCGUUUACCCUUCGUGGUUCUCUGGCGAAAUCUCCGACAAUUUCUGGUUGAUUGGAGAAGACAAGGCCCUCAACCCGAGCAACUACUUCAUAGUGAUUCCCGCGCUCUUUGGAAACGGCCAGUCAACGUCGCCUUCCAAUUACCCCAUCCAAAGCCCCUUUCCCAAAUGCUCCAUCUACGAUAAUGUCCGCGCUCAGUAUACGCUGGUGACCCAGCAUCUAGGCAUCACUCAUCUAUUCGCAGUGCUCGGGUGGUCAAUGGGAGCCGCGCAAAGCUUCCAGUGGGCGACGCAGUAUCCCGAUUUCUUGGAUCUAGUCGUGCCGUUCUGCGGCUCCGCCAGGACCUCGAUCCACAACCAGGUGUUCCUCGAGGGCGUGAAAUGUGCUUUGCUAGCGGCGAAGCAUAUCUCUUCGGCAGGAUCCGGAGAUGCUGGUGUUCUCGAAGCAGACCAGUCAGAUAGAAUCUGGAGCGACAAGGAGAAAGAGGUCGGACUGAAGGCUUUUGGUAGGGGUUACGCUGGCUGGGGAUUCUCGCAAGCAUUCUAUCGGGAGAAGCUAUAUGAGACUGCUUUGGGAUACAAGAAUUUGGAGGAUUUCAUGGUGAACUUCUGGGAAAGCUGGGCGCUUUCGAAAGAUCCGGCCAAUCUCCUGACGAUGCUGCAAACAUGGCAAAAUGGAGACGUGGCAAACCAAGAGCUUUACAACGGCGAUUUCGAGAAGGCCUUGGCUUCUAUAAAAGCGAAGGUCUUGGUGUUGCCUGGGAAAACCGACCUAUAUUUCCCGCCCGAGGACUCGGAAUAUGAGGUUGCCUGUAUGAUGCCGGGCGUUGGCACUCUCGCCGUUUUCCCAUCAAUUUGGGGCCAUUGGGCUGGUGGUCCAGGAUUGAGUAAGGAUGAUUUCGGGUGGUUGGAUACGAGAUUGAGGGAGUUUUUCGAGGAAACAGCUCCUUCCAUCGGGGAGGAUUUAGGUCCGAGACUCAAGUCGGUCACUUUAGGGAAGCCUUGAUCACGAUCGCUGAAAUUAGUUGCGCGAGUCUUCAGCGUCAUGAACAGUAACAGACUUUGUAUGAGUGGAAUUGGCAUUGUAGUUAUUGAGCAGUUUCCCGAAAUCAGCAAUCAACACGUGAUGGGCUG